AUCCAAAGGCCGGGGGAGUCUCUGCCUUUCCUCGUCAGCGGGAUCUCAGGGCUGAGUGGAAUGCGACGGCCGAGGUGGGAUGGUGUCCAUCUCGCGUGAAGAGGCAGAGCGCCUGAGGAAGAUCACGGAAGCGCCGCGACGAUAAUUCCUCGUGAUAACUUGGCGAUCGCUCGAGGUUAAGAUGGAGACGACUGGCAGCCGGUUAGCUUGCAAGUUUGUCCUGCUGUCAAUUUGCAUCUACCACGCCUCCGCCGAGUCGAGCGUCGAGAACGCGGAGUCGAUCUCGGGGACGGAAGCAUCCGGGGUAAACGUCGAGUUGACCACGAACGCGCAGACUUUCAGACGAGGCAGAGCGUACAGACGCGGUUACAACGCCAGAGGGGACAACAAGGAUUACCAAGACGAUCAGCAGGACCAUUACGAUGAUGAUAUGGACGAUCACGCGGACGACGAGACCGAUCACGGUCAUACGAAGGCGAUGACUCAGCCUAAGGUCGAUUACUGGGCUGGCUACUACGACUUUCUCAUCAAUGAAGGCAGCUACAAGUUCUGGGCCGUUUUCCAGCUCGCCACCGCAGCCUUGCUGAUCUACAGCGGCUUCGCGGCUCUCUACUACGCGAAAGUGAACCCUCCGACCACGGACGACGACUUCGACGACAUAUUUCGCCGGCGACGACGACGACGAAGGAGACGCCGCUCGCUACCGCUCGCGCCACGCGACAGGCCCUUUGUCGGGCUGGACGCCGUGACGUUCCAGAGGAUAGUCGAAGCCGCGGACGCCGAACGAGCGAAGCGUUGACUUGCUCCUGGUCGUUUCUUUGGCAGAAGCGCGAAAGGACUCGCUGCGAGAGGACGGUCGGACGUUCGAGCGCAUUUCGGCGAGAGACGAUCACUGGGAAACGCAAACGAUGUACCUUCGAGUGCUCGCUUCUUAGUGAAACGAUGAGUAAUGCCGUACCUGGGGAGAAAAAAGACCGACGUCUAAAUUUCCGAGUUGGCGAUACAAGAGCGUUCCUCUCGAAGGUACAGUAUCGUCCACGCGAGCUCUUGAAAAAAGAGACGUUUUUGACUGGUUUCAACCCGUAAGUGAUGCGGCAGAGUGCACGUCAUGUUGCGAUCAACUCGAAGAAAUGUUUCUAACCCUUAGCCGUGCAGGGCGAUGAAAACGCUUGCGUGCUCAA